AUGGAAUCCGAGGAGAUGAUGUUGGAGCAGGACCGUAAUCAGAAAGGGCAGGAUGUUAUCAGUAAACAGAUUACUCAUCUGAACAAGUAUGUCGACCUCCUCCUGCAAAGCCUACACUCGUCUGAUCGUGCUCACAAUGAAAGUCUAGCAGAGAAGUUGAAGAUGAGCGGUGCAGUGGCCGCAAGCUCUGCCGGCGAUGACCUCCCAGGUCCAUCAGGCUCGAGGAGCACAGAUUUCAUGGGAGUGGAACCACGAAAGAAGCCGACAAGUCACCAAACUGAUGGACGUAUGAGUCGAAUUGAAGCCGUACAUCGCACGCUUCAUGGUCUUCAUAAUGAAUGGGAACAAAGGAAGAGGACGACACUUGAGAUUGAUUAUACGAACCCGUCACUCCUUUGCUCAUCGUCGUCUGACGCGGUCAGCUGCAUUGAGUUAGGUGGUUUAGGGGAAAGACAACUUCUUACCGUUUUGCUGCCAUGGAUGCAAGUGACGGUUUGUUGUGGAUUUGAAUUCAGUCUGAACGGGUUGAAAACGGAACUAUUUGCCAAACUGAAAAGGAUGUCCGUAUCGCAGUUUUCAAUGAAAGCCAGUGACUAUGUCUUCCAAGUGUUGCGGAAGUCGACGGGUGAUAUGGAGGAAUUAUAUAAUGAAGAGAUGUUGCUGUCUAAGAUAGAUUUCACGAGACCAUAUCCAAUGUUGUCACUUUUCGAACCGGAGAGCUUCCGACAUGAACGGGAUUUGGCGCAUGUGAUAGGUCAAGCUCUUGGUUAUUCGUUGGACGAACUUGAAACAGGGCUCACGGAUGAGCUAAAAACCUGCCGUGCAGCGCUUUUCAAAGACACCGUUGAAGCCGUUAACAGUAGAGGUAUUCCUUUCCCAACUGCUGAUUCUGGGUUUCGUUUAUUGCUACUUUUUGGUAUUUUACUACAUGGCCUAUUUUUCCAGAUAAGUGUCGAAUUUACCGUAUAUUGUGGGAAGACUUCUCUAACCCGUAAGAGUUCCUCUAAAGUACCAAGUCAUAAUCCUCGUUGGUUAGAGGGUAUGAUUUCGUUUGAUCUGUACAUGAAAGACUUACCUCCAGCUGCAGUGCUGACCGUUCAUCUGGUAGAAACGAAGUUAAGGAAGGGAAAGUCCGAAGAUCGUGUUCUUGGCUGGGUGAAUAUACGCUUACUCGACUGGAGAGGAGAACUACUGCAAGGAGUGGUGACGUUGAAUUUGUGGGGCGGGGAGCCAAAAUAUCCACCACACGGUCGAAUUGGAAGUAAUGAUAAGAAGCAAGGGUCGAGUUGUCGCCUGGUCAUCGAAUUGGCUUGCUAUCGUUCGCCACAUGUGAGAAUGCCAGACAGUAGCCAGUUUGCACCGUUUGUGCGAUUCGUUCGCUCACUGGAAGAACCACAAAAAAUGCAAACCGAUGAAUUCAGUAUCGCUAGGAUACUCGCUACCAUAAGAAAGCGUUUGUUAGGCGGAGUCGUUUCAGCAGAAGAGGAAUUGUUUGUGUGGAAUCAAAGAGUUCAAACAAUUUGCAGGUGUAUGGAUCCAAUCAUUCGUCGUUUCGCUGUGGCACAGUUGGAUGUAAUGUUAGACAACCAGUCAUUUCCACUGUUCAUCCUUCCAUUCAUUCAAGCACUGAAAUGCGAGGCAUGGUCGUAUAGCCCGCUGUCGUGCUUGCUCUUGAAAAAGGCGCUAUGUGAUUAUCGGAUAGGACACAAACUGUUUUGGUUGCUUCGGGCAGAAUUGGCCAAUCUCAAAGAUUCGGGUGGCAAUAUAAGCGAGAUGUAUAAGCGAUUUGCCUUGAUAAUUGAAGCAUAUCUGCGCGGUAAUGAUGAACAUAUUCGAACGGUUGUGAAACAGGUAGAAAUGGUGGACUAUUUGCAUAGACUGAGCCUUCUUAUCAAAGGAAUUCGUGAAAAAGAUGCAGCAACUGAGCGUUUCCGAGAGGAAUUGCGAAACAACUGUCCAACACUGGAAAAAAUCGACUCUCCGCUUGAUCCCAGUAAUGCGUUGGGGCACCUCCGGAUCGACAAAUGUCGGGUGUUGGGAAGUGCAAAAAUGCCGUUGCUGCUUUCGUGGCAGAAUCGAAGUCCUCUUUCAGAAUAUCAUUUGCCCACAUAUGAAAUAAUUUUCAAAAAUGGAGAUGAUCUGCGCCAGGACAUGUUAGUUUUGCAAAUGUUGGAGUUGAUGGAUAGUAUCUGGAAGCGAAAUCAACUCGAUUGUUGUUUAAGUUUAUAUCCUGUCCUUCCGAUGGGCACAAAGUAUGGUAUGAUCGGCGUGGUUCCAAACUGCUCGACGAUAUUUGAGAUCCAAUCUGAAGGUGGCAAAGUGGGCACGGCAGUGAAGUCAUUGGAAACAACAUUUAUCAAUAGAUACAUCAAGAAUAUUGCGGGAUCAACGAAAAAGUAUAUGGAGUGUGUUGAUCGAUUUUUGAUGUCAUGUGUUGGCUAUUCCGUCGGAACAUUCAUAAUGGGAAUCAUGGACCGACAUAAUGACAACAUAAUGAUGACUCGCGAUGGCAAGCUGUUCCACAUUGAUUUCGGCCACAUCUUGGGACACGGAAAAACAAAACUUGGAAUUCGACGGGAUCGUGUGCCGUUUGUACUCACAGAGCAUUUUUUAUGUGUGAUAGGACAAGGCAGACCGGUGUCAAAGGAUAGUCAUGAAGUUACCAAGUAG